AUGGCCUCUCGCAUACUAUCACACAGCGACUAUACGGUCGCAUGGAUCUGCGCUUUGCCACUGGAAAUAGCAGCGGCGAAGAUAAUGUUGGACGAGGUUCACGCUUCAUUACCCCAACCAAAAACCGACCACAACGUCUACAUUCUCGGAAAUGUUAGCGGCCAUAAUGUGGUGAUGGCCUGCCUACCAUCUGGUGUAUAUGGAACAACAUCUGCUUCAACUGUGGCGUCGCACAUGGUUUCUACGUAUCCAAAUAUCCGAUUUGGACUGAUGGUUGGCAUUGGAGGGGGAGUUCCCAGCAAAAGUGCAGACAUUCGCCUUGGCGAUAUCGUGGUCAGCAAGCCAACUGCCACCUCAGGCGGCGUUAUUCAAUAUGACUAUGGCAAAAUACUUCGGGAAGGGCAUUUUCAGCACACGGGGUCACUUAAUAAACCCCCUCCAGUCUUGUUAAAGGCCGUCGCUCAAAUAGAGAGCGAUUAUAUGAAUGGAAAUGGCUCAGUGAGCAAAACCAUAGGCGGUGCACUGCAGAAAGGAGAACUUAGCGAAAGAUUUUCUCGACCAAGAUGUGACUGUCUGUUCCAAUCAACAUAUGAUCAUGAAGGGGAUCCUGAUUGUUCAGCAUGCGAUCAGAACCAGAUAGUGAACCGACCUUUGCGAACAACCGAUGAGCCUUACAUUCACUGUGGGUUGAUCGCUUCCGGAGAUCAGGUUAUAAAAGAUGCGAAGACUCGAGAUUCUAUUGCCCGAGAACUAGGCGUUCUCUGUUUUGAAAUGGAGGCUGCUGGCCUUAUGGACGAACUCCCGUCACUUGCCGUUCGAGGCAUCUGCGACUAUUGUGAUUCUCAUAAAAAUAAGCAGUGGCAAGGAUAUGCUGCCCUUGCUGCUGCCGCCUAUGCGAGGGCUCUUCUGUCAGUGGUGCCUAUUUACCACUAUAAAAAGGAAUUACCCGAAUUAAAGGAAUCAGUUUGGAUGGUCCCGUUUAGAAAGAACUCGCGAUUCGUGGGCCGGGAAGAAGAAAUCUCCAGGAUUGAAGGAUUAAUCAUGCAACCAGGCGGACCUAGCAAAGUCGCUAUCUGCGGACUAGGCGGGGUUGGGAAAACCCAAAUAGCGCUCGAACUGGUUUAUCGCAUGCGAGAAAGAGACUCUGAAUGCUCAAUUUUCUGGAUUCCGUGCACCAGCUAUGAGAGCGUUGAACAAGCCUACAUCAAAAUCACAGAGUUAAAAGGAUUCCAUGGCGUAAAGCCAGCCGAGGCAAGAGAGCGAGUCAAAUUAUAUUUAAGCCAACCGAGUGCUGGAAAGUGGCUUAUUGUUUUUGACAAUGCAGAUAAUAUGAAUAUGUGGAUCCAAGGCUGUAACAGUACCCCAGCACUCAAGGAUUUUCUUCCUCAAAGUGAGCAUGGGCAUAUGGUCUUCACUACGCGCAAUCAAAAGCUAGCUGUGAGACUAGCGUCUUCUAACGUAGUACCAUUCUCUGAGCCGGAUGAAGAGAUUAGUAUGAAGAUUCUCGAGAUGUCACUUAUUCAGCAAAACUUGCUUAAUAGUGACGCAGCCAUUCCCCUUCUAAAGCAGCUGGCCUUUCUCCCACUAGCCAUCAUACAAGCAGCAUCAUACAUUAAUGAGAACUGCCUAGAACUAUCACAAUACUUGACACUAUUACAGGACCAAGAGCCCGGCGUUGCUGAGCUGCUGAGUGAAAAUUUUGAGGAUGAAGGACGCUAUGCAGAAAUUCAAAAUCCUGUUAUUACUACAUGGCUGGUCUCUUUUUCGCACAUCCAGCAGAUAGAUCAGCUUGCAGCUGACUACUUGCUAUUUAUGGCUUGUAUUGAGUUUUACGAUAUUCCCGAGUCACUGCUCCCGUCGGCACCUUAUAAAAAGAAAAUAAAUGCAAUAGGACUUCUGAGUGCCUUCUCCUUUAUCACUAUCCAAGCUGAAGACAGGCUAAUAAGCAUCCAUCGGCUUGUAUAUCUUGCAGCUCGGAACUGGAUGAGAAACAGCAACAUAUUUGCCUUAUGGAUCCAAAGAGCCGCUGCUCAGUUGUCUGACACUUUUCCAAGUCAUGACCAUAGCAAUCGAGAACUGUGGCGUAAAUACCUGCCUCAUGCCCUACGUGCCGUGGAAAACAUGGAGUGGGCCCAAAGAAAGCAAUGCGAAUCUCUUCUCUGGAAGGUUGCGAACUGCCUUUACAUUGACGCUAGAUUUAGUGAGGCGGAGGCUUUACUGGUUGAGCUAAUUAGAGUACAGACAGAAGUCACAAGUGCUAUGGACCCUUCCACUCUAGUUAGCAUGAGCAACCUUGUCUCCACAUAUUGGAACCAAGGAAGAUGGAAGGAGGCGGAAAAACUGCAUCUACAGGUAUUGGAGACGCGGAAGCUUGUAUUAGGAUCGGCGCAUCCUUCUACUCUGACCAGUUUGGCCAACUUGGCGUCUACAUAUUGCAAACAAUCGCGGUGGAGUCAAGCAGAGGAGCUGCAAGUUCAAGUAAUCAAGGUUCGAGAGCUGAUAUUAGGCCCAAAGCAUCCUAAUACCUUGAUCAGUGUGAGUAAUCUAGCUUCAAUAUAUCGCAGCCAGGGACGAUACAAGGAAGCCGAAGAGCAGGAGGUUGGAGUUAUGGAGGCAUAUAGGCGAGUGAUGGGCCUGGAUCACCCGUCUACCCUAACCAACAUGACUAACCUAGCGUCAACAUACGCAAGUCAGGGCCGAUGGAAGGAGGCAGAGGAGCUGCAGACCGAAGUACUGGGGCUCUCUUUAAGGGCUUUGGGUCCGGAGCAUCCUGAUAGCCUGACCAUUAUGGCCAACCUUGCCUCUACUUAUUGGAUCCAGCAGCGUUGGAAAGAAGCAGAAGCAUUAGAGAUCCAGGUGUUGGAGAUUCGGAAACGGGUCCUAGGGCCGCAACAUCCAGAUACUCUGGCCUGCAUGAAUAAUAUUGCAUACACCUGGAAGUCUCUAGGCAAAGAAGAUGACGCCGUACUCUUAAUGAGGGAGUGCGUUCAUUUUUGCAAUCGAUACUUGGGUCCCGAUCACCCGCAUACCAUCUCUUCAACCACCACUCUUCAGGACUGGCAGAGGGUACGCACUUUCUCAUUGAUUAAUGCGACGCAGGUGCUGUGCAAGCCACUAGAUUUUAUGCAAGUCGCUACAAAACUUCUCAGGCAUUAA